UCGAGGAGGCGCACGUACAUGUAGCCGACCACGAGUUCCGACGAAUUUGAUGGCAUCGUUUUAGAUGCUGCGGGUUCCACCGUGACGGACGUCGGCAGUGAGGUUGUGGCAGCUCGGCUUAUGGGAUACGAACAUCCCAUCAUAUCUCGAGCUUUGUGGCAGCCGACUCUACGCGACAGUUCGUUGCACAUGUACAAAAAGGUUCCCAAAGAUGCCCACCAAUUGGCCAUGGCGUGGCUUUGCGUGUGUCACAUAAAGCAAGCAAGUGCAGCGCUUCCUAAUUCAACCCCCUACGUUCCUCGGUCCCUUGCACCGCAAUCGACGACCACAAGCAGAUAGCAUUCUCGUCAUGCAAACGAGACCAGCGUUUUCUGUGCCAAAUGGUCCGCUCAAGACGCUACAUGAAGGGGUGCUUCUGCAACCUCUGUUGUCGAUCAAGGAGAUUCUCGUGUCCGAGCCUUUCACUCCAUGCCCUGACCUCCCCAGAGCACACAUUGUGGCGGGAUACAGGAGAACAUCGCACAUAGUACCUGCCGCAUGCCCGCGUUCGCUCCCACCGCAGGCGCCUCUCCGACAGCAGUUCAAGGACGGCAGCUCCGGUGACGCCAAGACCAUGUCCAAGGCAUUGAUAGAUGCCAAGUUGGCAUUCGAAGGCGAAGAAAUGCGGAACAAGUGCAGGGGCGCAUCCAAUGCCGUCAUGUGGAACUGCGUAGAUCGCUAUGUUCCUGCGAAACCAGCGGUGGAUCAACACAAAGCCGGUCUAACACUGUUCUUGACACACGCCAAUGGCUCCCCUCGCCAGAUAUGGGAGCCGACUCUUGAGCAUCUACUGAAGAAGAUGCAAGGUCAUCCGUCGGUGGCUAUCGACGAGAUCUGGUCGUUCGAGUCCGUGCAACACGGUGAUAGUGCGCUCUUCAAUGAACAUAACUUGAGCGAUGUAUUCGAUUGGCAAGAUCAAUGCCGCGACAUUCUCAAUUUCCUUCUCAACUAUCUCCCUCAACGUAGCGACACCGCGUCUCUGCCCGUCCAGCUCGAGCGUGUGACGACUGCACCUGGUGCCACUCGUCGCUGUGUCACUGGCAUUGGACACUCAUAUGGCGGAACAACGCUCGCGAGGGCGGCUUUGGCUGAACCUGAUCUAUUUCAUCGAUUGAUCUUGGUGGAGCCUAUGAUUGUCCCUCCGUCAUUUACUAGAGGCAAAGGCCUUGAUUUACUGCUCAAGAGCGCCUUGAGCAAAGUCCAGAGGUGGCCGUCAAGAUCGCAUGCCAAGCAAGCAUUCCUUCAACAUCCAGCCACGAAAACAUGGGACCCCGCAGUGAUCGACACCUUCGUCGAACACGGGUUGGUGGAAUGCGGCGACGAUUCUUCCUCACCGCAAUCCGUACGAUUGAAGACGUCUCCGUUCGACGAGGCGGUCGUGUACUGCGAGUGGAACGUCUGUUACGAGGCGUGGACUGGGCUGAAGGACCUGGAUAUGCGGAUUGCGCUGCAUUGGAUCAUGAGUGCACGCACGAACGUGACGACCGGUGGCGAGGCUAUGACGCAGGAGACGGUUUGGAGACGCACGUGCAAUACUACUAACGUCCGCCUACCGGAGGCUGGUCAUCUCGCUGUGCACGAAGCCCCAGAAGCGGUCGCCUCAGAAAUCCUGAAUGCUCUGUCUUCCGAAGAGCCGAAGAGCAUGCUCUAGAGCAGCGGAGGGGCGAUGGCGUGCGAUGCUGGCAGGCUCAUGUUGGGGUAAGCUUGUGCGAAUGCCGGGCGGAUGGAAAUGGGGUCGAUGACGGUAGUUUUGGGUUCAAUGAGCUGGGCGGCGGAGAACGUACGAAGUUG